AUGGGGGUCAUCAGCUUGCUGCAGCGUUGGAUUAUCAUGUCGUUGACGCGGCCAAUGUUCUCGGAAGACAUGCCUUUCUGGACAAAUAUACGCGUCUUCAGAUUCUGCAUCCCAUGGGUCGUCAAGAUCACACCACGAACCACUAGCACAGAAGCCGAGGCUCUCCGUUUUCUUCAUUCGACUGGGCUUGAUCUCCCCAUACCACGCCUCGUUUUCUCUUUCGCUCAUGAGGAGAUGACAUACACCGUCAUGACUCGUGUGUCUGGGAUCUCGAUGGAUGAGGCCAUGCGGGAUGAGAAGAUUAACUCGGACGACUUUGACACCAUCGUGAGCGAGAUCGAGGUCGUCAUGAACGAGCUUGAAUACUUGCGCCAGCCUCCCAAUGAGGCCGGAAAUGUCAUGAUGAGCGCAUCUGGGCAUGGUAUGCCCGAUGGGGCUUACUUCUUCGAGAAACGCUCAGGCCCGUUCCCCUCUACCAUCGCUCUGUGGGCUCAUCACGCGGGUCAUCCUGACGAGGAUAGUCUAAGGAAGUCUAUAGAACCUGCCACGCUUGAGGCUCUAACAGCGGACCCUGUCCGAUUCAUGCACACAGACCUCCGUAUGCACAACAUUAUCGUGCGCAAUGGACACCUUUCUGGUAUCAUUGACUGGGAAGACUCCGGCUGGGUUCCAUCUUGCUGGCAACUGUGGGUGAUGCGUCGUGCACGGGUGGGAUGUUGGGGCCGCUGGCGUGACCACUGGGUGGAGCAUCGAUUCUCGGAUGAAGCUGAAGCCGCGUAUCUAGCGGCGAAAUCAUUCAUAGAGAAGCUACCAGUCUGA